AUGCGCUCGCCAAUCGAUUUUGAAAAGGACCAUUCGUACGACCGAUGCCGUGACAGUGUCGACAGCUAUGACUAUCCUUCACCACAUGACAACGAGGAAGCACCCGAAUCAUUCGCAGAUGAUACCCCUCUCGCACCCGCCCCACCGCCGUACUCGGCCUUUUCGAUUAACCGCAGACGCUUCAUCUUAGCUGUCGUUACGGCAGCCGGCUUCUUUGGACCACUUUGCGGAGCAGUCUACUUGCCUUCGCUCAAACUGUUCCAGACAAUUUUCAAGACUUCCGAGGCCGCAGUAAAUGGAACCGUCUCCAUGUACAUGAUCGUGUUUGCCAUUGCACCUCUCUUUGGUGCGGCAGCCUCGGAUAUCGGUGGCAGGAAGACGGUAUACAUGGUUGGUCUCGGAAGCUUUCUCGUCGCCAACACAUUGCUUGCUACACUUCCUGCUCAUAUCGCGCUUCUCUACUUUCUUCGCAUCUUCCAAGCCUUCGGGUCAUGCAUCGUAUUCUCUGUUGGAGCUGGAACAGUAGCCGACAUCACGGAGCCUGCCAGUCGCGCAUCGGCUUUGGCCUGGUUUCUCAUGGGACCUCAGCUUGGGCCUAUCCUAGGACCUCUAAUCGGUGGUCAGUUUGCGACCGAGACACGGUGGAGAUGGGUUUUUGGCUUUCUCUCAAUCAGUAGCCUCCCGGUAUACCUCGCCAUUGUCUUCUGCAUGCCCGAAACAUUGCGGUCGCUCGUCGGAAAUGGUGCUUCUCUUGCCAAACAACCCUGGGUGUCGAUACCAAGAUUCCGGACCAAGCCUUGUACAGAUGCGAAUGUUCCCAAAGCUCCUCGACCGUCAUUCCGGAAGUUCAUGCACCUUCUCAAGUACCCACCUCACUUGAUCGUCUCUUUCAACGGAGCCUUGCAAUUUGCUGGUUUGUACGGCAUGUACGUUUCAUUCCCUACCAUCUGGUCAGAGGGAUACAAGUGGACCACCGCCGAAGUUGGUUAUGCCUUUCUCUGCCCUGGAAUCUCCAUGUUUGUAGCCUCAAUCAUUGUCGGUCGGCUGUCUGAUUACAUGCGAAAGAAGGCGAUUGCCAACAGUUCAGACGGAAAAGUGGCACCAGAGCGACGAAUUGCCAUUCAGAUCCCGGGAUUUGUCAUAGCAGCCGCGGGAAAGAUAAUGUUUGGAUGGUUCACUCAGAAUCGUGUGCACCCAGCUGCGGGCCUCUUCGGCUCGGCUCUCGCCGCGGUCGGUGUCUCCGUGGUUUUCGUUACGAGCACCUCCUUCCAGACAGAAUGUGACCCCGCUCAGACGGCCAGCUUGGUGGCACUGGGAGGUUUUCUCCGGAACGUGGCUGCUGCGAUUUGCGCAGUCAUCAUGGGCGGCAUCCUACGUGGAAUGGGCUGGGGCUGGGCGUUUACGGGUCUUGGAAUCAUGGAUCUCCUCUGCAUACCAGGCGUGUUGUUGAUUUUAGUUCGUGGGGCAAAGUUCCGUGAAGCUUUGAAGCGUGGACAGCCAUAGGGACGAAAAGCUAAUACAGAAACCGAGAUUACCGCUUCUUUCUCGGUGGAUAUUAGUAAGACUGUUUCUUUGCAUAGCGAGGCAUUGGUGGGUAUUCAGUCGGCUACUUCUACAGAAUGAUAAUAUACGAACCUGUUAUUC